CUGGUAUUUUGGUCUCUAAGUGAUUGACACUGUCGAACCGAAACAGAACCAAUAGGGAAUCGUAUCCUCCCCGGGCCCUGAGUGAAAUAUGAAGAAGGGGAGCAAGCGGGAGGCCGGGGGCCCUCAGGCCGAGCAGCCGGAGCUUCUCUUCUCUGGGGAAGACAGGAGUUUGAGCGAUGGAAACAUUGUGGAUGAGAGUGACAGUGAGGAGAGCCAAUACUCUGGCCUUGAGGAUUCUGGAAGUGACAGCACUGAGGAUGAAGAGGAGCACAGCUCUGAGGAAAUACAACAAAAUCCAGGGAAGUCCCCAAAAGAGAUCAGAAAGGUUCCGCACAGGCCCAGUAAAUCUGAAGCUAAUUCUGCGGCAGCUGAGGAGGACAAGCCCAGUGCAGCCAAGGAGUAUGAGAAUGAUUCUUCUGAUGAGGAGGACAUCCGGAACACUGUGGGGAACAUUCCCAUGGAGUGGUACCAGGAUUUCCCCCACAUUGGGUACGACCUGGAUGGGCGCAAGAUCUUCAAGCCGUUGAGGAGUAAGGAUCAGCUGGAGCAGUUCCUAGACAAGAUGGAGAACCCCGACUACUGGCGCACCGUGCAUGACAAGAAGACGGGGCAGGACGUCCGGCUGACAGACGAGCAGGUGGAUUUGGUGGAGCGGCUGCAGCGCGGGCAGUUUGGGGAUAUAAACUAUGACCCGUACCAGCCGUCUAUCGACUUCUUCACUCAUGAGACAAUGAUUCAUCCUGUGACCAACCGGCCGGCGGAUAAGCGCAGCUUCAUACCCUCCCUCAUCGAGAAGGAAAAGGUCUCCAAGCUGGUCCAUGCUAUAAAGAUGGGUUGGAUCCAGCCGAGGAAACCCCGGGACGACUCUCCUGCUUAUUAUGAUCUUUGGGCCAAGGAAGAUCCCAACGCCAUCCUGGGAAGGCACAAAAUGCACGUUCCUGCCCCUAAACUACCCCUUCCGGGGCAUGAACAGUCCUACAACCCCCCUCCAGAGUAUCUAAUGAGUGAGGAAGAGCGUUUGGCCUGGGAGCAGCAAGAUCCAGAGGAUCGGAAAGUGCCCUUCCUGCCCCAGAGAUUCCCCUGCCUGCGGGCAGUGCCCGGAUACGCCCGCUUCAUACACGAGAGGUUUGAGCGAUGCCUGGACCUGUACCUGUGCCCGCGCCAGAGGAAGAUGAGGGUGAAUGUGGAUCCUGAGGACCUGAUCCCCAAACUGCCCAAACCCAGAGAUCUGCAGCCCUUCCCGACUGUCCAGUCCCUGAUUUACCGGGGGCACAAGGACCUGGUUCGCUGUAUCAGUGUUGCCCCCUCGGGGCAGUGGUUGGUCUCGGGUUCUGAUGACUGCACUGUGCGGUUCUGGGAGGUCGGUACCGGGCGCUGCAUGAAGUCGGUUCUGUUGGAAGGAGCCGUUAAAAGCAUCAGCUGGAACCCAAACCCGGGGCUGGUUCUGGUGGCUGCGUGUGUGGAACACUCGGUGGUGCUGAUUAACCCCGGCCUGGGGGACCGGCUGCUUUGCGGCGCUACAGACCAGCACAUUGGGGGUUACCAGCCCCCCGAGGAGGAGGGACAGCAACCGGUCAGCUGGGGAGAAGCGGAGGGAACGGAAUAUUCCAAUGGGCUGCGGCUCUGUAUCAAACACCAAAAGGCGGUGAAGCAGGUGACGUGGCACGCCCGUGGGGACUACUUUGCUGUUGUGCUCCCCGAUAACGGCAAUUCCCAGGUACUGAUCCACCAGCUGAGCCGGCGCCGAAGCCAGAACCCCUUCCGGAAGAAUAAGGGGCAAGUGCAGAAGGUUCUUUUCCAUCCCACCCGCCCCUUUUUCUUCGUGGCCACUCAGAGGUGUGUGAGGGUCUAUAACCUCCUGAAGCAGGAACUGAGCAAGAAGCUUCUGACCAACUGCAAGUGGGUUUCCAGCAUCGCCGUGCACCCCGCGGGGGACAAUCUGAUCUGCGGAAGUUACGACUCUAAACUUGCCUGGUUCGACAUGGAUCUGUCUACUAAACCCUACAAAGUGCUCAGGCAUCACAAGAAAGCGCUGAGGGCUGUGUCCUACCACAAGCAGUACCCGCUCUUUGCCUCGGGCUCCGAUGAUGGCAGCGUUAUAGUGUGCCACGGCAUGGUGUACAAUGACCUCCUGCAGAAUCCGCUCAUUGUCCCUGUGAAGGUUCUCCGGGGCCACGCGAUCCAUCGGGAUCUCGGCGUUCUUGAUGUGAUCUUCCACCCCACCCAACCCUGGGUCUUCUCCUCCGGCGCCGACGCCACAAUCCGGUUAUACACAUAACUCCGCCUCCUGUUAUAGACUUCCAAUGAAUGAUGGGGGUGAUAGAAUGCACCCCGACGUCCUUUAUUCAAUGGGGCGAGAGAGACUGGGGACCCAGACACAGCGGCGCCCCCUCAGCCGCCAUUUUGCAAGGUUUGGGCUCAAAAUGUUCUCGUUUGCUCCUCUGUUACCAUGGAGACCAAGCUUCUUCACUUUCUAUUGGUGGAUAUUCAGCGUUAAUAAAACUAUUUUACAGUAAAACA